AGUACCUGCACAAUUUAGUUUCGAUAAUAGUUUAAUCUCAAUGAGACACAAAGUUUCAUAAUUUUUCUACGCACGCAACAAUAUUAGAAUCCUUCAUCAAACACUUCAAAUCAAAGGAAUGAGAAUUAUGAUGACUUUCAGAGAUUUUAGAUGGAAAGUGAUCGUUUUUUUGACUGGUUUCAAAAUUUUACUAAUGAGCGUUACGGUGGAGAGUUUGCACGGAGGUGAAGGAUCCCAACUAAAUAUGUCUUAUAACCCAUUCUUGGAUUACAUAGUAAUUAUGGGAGUUUCUAAUAAUUUCGCUGAUGAACAAAACAUGACUCAAAAAGUACUGGAAAGUAAUCUCAUCCAAGAGUUGCUGCCAGUUGAAGUAUUGAAAACUGAUCCACUUUUCAACUGGGAGUUCACAACAGUGAUUUGUGUAGAAGCAGAGAUUGCUAGACACUUGAGUGAGUUUCCAACCCAUCUACCAAUAUUAGACCAAGCUCUUGAAUUAUGGAGAGCACAGAACCGUGAUGCAAUACUUGGCAACAAUAUUGAAAAACUCUCCAAGCGUGAUACAAAGCUCGGAAACCGUGAUACAAAACUCGGAAACCAUGUUGCAAAUUCACAAACAGACUCAGUCGCGGAUGAGAUUCUUCAGGCCACACUCACUGAAAGAAAUGUUGAAUUGGACUUGGAAGAAUUUCAAAAUCUCGCUAAUAUAAUAAAUUGUAAAAUUAUUUUGGAGUAUUUGUACAUGCAGUUUCCAAUUGCUAAGAGAAUGCUGUUUGCGAAGAUAUCGAGCUAUUUUGAGAGUGGCCAAUUAAAGGACUUUGUUGAUUUGAAUACCAUGUAGUCACAAGAACUGAUUCGAAUAAUUUCAAGUCCUGUUACAAUUAUUAGAGAAUAUUUCUGUUUUUAUUUAUCAAAAUCCAAGGAAAUGGGUAAUAAAUUAUUUAUAGAGAAAGUAGCAUGCGAUUAAUG